UGAAAAAGGGUUUUUGGCCAAUCCUGGGUGGAAAGGUGUAACAGCAACCACCACGCGUGGACUCAAAGUCAGUCAUCUCCAAGUGUUUGACUCAGUUACACAAAAUCAAAAGCUCUUAUUUUCAUUUUGCAUCCCGAUUGUUGUUUCUGUCGGUAAUGGUCAUGGAGAUCUUCUGCGCACACUCAUCAAUCUGUCUUUUAUUAUUCUCUCUAUCGUCCCUUUAUGCACUUUCCUUUUCCCUCUCUUUCUCUCCGAUCGACAACUACCUCAUCAACUGCGGCUCUACUGUGGACGCUACAAUAGAUAAUCGCCGAUUCGUUUCCGACUCAUCUCGCUCCAACUCACCUCUGCUGAGUUCCUCAGGUCGGUCUAUACAACUCAGCAACCGUGGCUCCACUUUACCCCAAAUUUAUAACUCUGCCAGGGUUUUCGACAGACCAUCGAAGUAUGUUUUUGAGAUCAGAGAUCAGGGGACACAUAUGGUACGCCUCCAUUUUAACCAAUUGAUUUAUUCGGAAUUCGAUUUUUCUGAUGCUAAAUUUCAUGUUUUGGUUAAUGGGUAUGUCGUUUUGAGCAAUUUUAGUGGAGGUCGUAACUUGUCAAGUCCUUGGGUAAAGGAGUAUUUGAUCUCGGUUGAUGAUAAGAAUCUCGCAAUUAUGUUUGUGCCUGCUAGAAAAUCGAAAUUUGCGUUUGUUAAUGCCAUUGAGGUCAUUUCUGCUCCUAAAGAUUUGAUUUUGGAUUCUGCCCAGUUUGUAAAAGAAGAUAAAUUUGAUGGUUUAAGUAAACAGGCUCUUGAAAUUAUGCAUAGGGUUAGUGUGGGUGGUUCUAAAGUGACACCGUUUAAUGAUACUUUGUGGAGGACUUGGUUGCCUGACAAUGAAUUUUUGAAAUCUAGUGAUGGAAUAAAACGGGUGUAUUCUAGUGGCAGGAUUAAGUAUCAGAGGGGAGGGGCAAGCCGUGAAGUUGGUCCUGAUAAUGUGUACAACACCGCCCGUGUAAUCAUUAGCACGAAUGCUUCAAUUCCUAAUUUGAAUAUGACUUGGGAGUUUCCUGUGAUUGAGGGUCAUAAGUAUCUUGUUAGGUUGCAUUUUUGUGAUAUUGCUAGUAUAUCUGUUGGUUUGCUAUUUUUCAAUGUUUAUGUUAAUGGGAAUUUAGCAUAUAAGGAUUUCGAUCUCUCAUUUGUUACUGCUUAUACAUUGGCUUCUCCAUUUUAUAUGGACUUUGUGGUUGAUGUUGAUCACUCAAGGCUUUUAAGUGUUAGUGUUGGACCAUCAGAGAAGAGCUUGGACCAUGCAAUCGACGGUAUUCUGAAUGCAGUGGAAAUCAUGAAGAUGAAUAAGACUAUGGGUAUUCUUGACGGAGAGCAUUGUGCAGGUUUGAUCUUGAAGAGUUGGCCAAGGGAAAAUACUGGCAUUUUGGUUCCUUUGGUUUCUGCUGUAUGCUUGCUGCUAAGUUUGUCUGUGAUUAUGCGUAAGAGGUGGAAUAGGGUGAAGAACUCUAGAGGAUGGUGUAAACUGCCUACGGAUGUGCCUGAAGUGAAUCCAAAGCAUGGCUAUCAACAUAUACCAGUAAAAAUGUGAUGGUCUUUUCUUUUAUGUAAGAAUUGCUAUGCUUCUUCUUGAUAGUUGACUGCAUUUCGUUGUAUGCACUUUGGGCACAAAAUAAGAGGCAUUAUACUUACAACCUCGUGUGCGGAGAAAUUAGGUUGAAUUUGAAGUCCCUGCUAAAGAACUUCAGGUGCUUGGAAAGUUCUUCUGUAAAUUUGUGUGUAACUUAUAUCAAUAUAACAAAGAUACUGUAAUUUGGAAAUGCAGUUUUCUGCAUUUCCCAAUAUAUGAUGCACUUUAUGUGAUGCAAGUCUUGUAAAUCAAAAGAAGUUUCGUUUGAA